CUCAUCAAGUUAGGUGGUCGGAGACAGCGAGGCCAAAAAAAAAAUCUCCUUAUUGUAGUUAAGCGCUAAAAGAAAAUGAUGCGAUAGUGGCUGCUGGUCGACGGUUUUUUUUGAGUGAAAAUCGAGCGCGGCUUGGUGAAUGAAGAAAACAAGAUGUCUGCUGACCAUUAAUUUAAAAUUCCCCAGGAAAAAAAAUCUACAAUUUUAAUCUUCUCUCACUCCUUGUGGAAAGAAAAGCAUGAAAUUCACUAUAAUGGAUAGACAAUAAUUGGUGAAUAGAAGUGAUAACGAGUCGAUCUUGCCAAAAAUUGAGAGUAAAGGGUAUUAUUGGGAUCAUCUAUUUUUCACUCUUUGGAAGGAUCAUAAUACUGGGGACCACAGAAAUAUGGGAUCUGAAGCUAGUGUUGCAAAAGGUGUCUGUCUGUAACUCUGCACCCUUCAGAUUGCCAGGAGAUCUACAGUGGUACUGUACUUGGGAGUAGGUACAACUACUAACAUGCUGUUGACAGUAUCAGGAUGAUUGGAUGAUUAUGAUGGCAAAAAAACAGGAUGUUCGGAUCCCAAAUUACAACAUCAGUGUCGUGGGAUUAUCUGGGACGGAAAAGGAGAAAGGCCAGUGCGGAGUUGGCAAGUCUUGUUUCUGCAAUCGGUUUGUGCGCCCUAAAGCUGAUGAAUUUCAUCUUGACCACACGUCAGUCCUUAGCACCAGUGACUUUGGGGGCCGUGUUGUUAACAAUGACCAUUUUUUGUACUGGGGUGAAGUUGGUAGACCGGUGGAGGAAGGAGUGGAGUGUCGAAUUCAUGUGGUGGAACAGACUGAGUUCAUUGACGAUCAGACUUUUCAGCCUCACCGGAGCACUGCCCUGCAACCCUAUAUUAAACGUGCUGCAGCUACCAAAUUGGCAUCUGCUGAAAAGCUGAUGUAUAUUUGCACUGACCAAUUGGGUCUGGAACAAGACUUUGAACAGAAGCAGAUGCCAGAAGGGAAGCUAUUAAUUGAUGGUUUCCUCCUUUGCAUAGAUGUCAGCCGGGGUAUGAACAGAAAUUUUGAGGACCAGCUUAAAUUUAUUACAAACUUGUAUAACCAAAUAAUAAAAACAAAAAAACCCAUCGUGGUGGUGCUGACAAAAUGCGACGAAGGGGUGGAGCGGUACAUACGUGAAGCUCACUCCUUUGCUAUGACUAAGAAGAACCUCCAAGUGGUGGAGACAUCAGCACGAUCAAAUGUCAACGUGGAACUGGCAUUUAGUACUUUAGUGCAGUUAAUAGAUAAAAGCCGGUCGAGGCCCAAGAUAAUUCCAUAUUAUGAAGCAUUGAAGCAACAAAGUCAACUAAUAGCUAAUGCAAAAGACAAGUAUGAAUUUAUCAUUAACCAGUGUGUCACCCAUUAUAAUGAAAGUUGGAUGAAUGCCACUAGGAAAAUGCAUUUGAAACCUGAAUUCCAGGAUUAUGUGCAUCUUGAAGGAACCCCGAAGGCCAAAAAACUGUUCUUGCAGCAUAUUAUGAUGCUCAAGGAGAGGCACAUUGAGCACUUAAAGAACAAGUACCUCAGUAAACUUGUACUAGCUCUUGAUGCCCUUUUCCCUGAUCUGAAUGAGAUUGAGAACUUGAACUGGAUCAUGGCACAGCAGAGGUUGAAGACCAAACAGGAUUUUUUAGCCUGGUUUGUUGUUCUGAGUGAAACACCCUGGGAUAAAACUGAUCAUAUUGACAAAAUGGAUGACAACAGAAUUCCAUUUGAUUUGCUGGCUGGGAAAUGUGCAGAAGAUCAAUUCAGAAAGCAUUUAGAAAAACUGAAGAAUGAAAGAAAAAGAGAAGAGAUGAGGAGGGCUUUUAAGGAAAAUCUGUCAUCGUCGCCCUUCAUAACUCCUGGAAAACCAUGGGAAGAGGCUAGAAGUUUUGUUAUGAAUGAGGAAUUCUAUCAGUGGCUCCAAGAGCAGGAAUACCAAGAUAUUUACAGUAGACAUCAACGUGAGAUAAUAGAUAAAGCCAAGGAUCAAUUUCAAGAACUGCUUUUAGAGUAUUCAGAGUUGUUUUAUGAAUUGGAAUUGGAUGCAAAGCCCAGCAAGGAGAAAAUGGGUCUCAUCCAGGAUGUUCUAGGAGAUGAGCAACGAUUUAAGGCACUUCAGAAACUGCAAGCUGAACGAGAUGCCCUUGUGUUAAAACACAUUCAUUUUGUAUAUCAUCCGACGAAGGAGACGUGUCCAAACAGUCAAAAUUGUAUUGAUAGCAAAGUUGAACAAUUGUUGGCUGCUAAAUUUUAUCGAUCUUCAGAUCGAAGCCAUCUAAACUCUCAUUCAGACUCUAAUGCUGACAAACUCAACCUUGUACUACUUGGCAAGGAUGGACUUGCACAUGAACUGGCUAAUGAAAUUCGAGUGCUGUGUACUGAUGAUAAAUACGUUCUUGAGGGAAAAAUGUAUGAGCUGUCAUUACGACCAAUAGAAGGUAAUGUGAAACAUCGGGUUAAUUCUUUUCAGACACCAACCUUUCAACCUCAUGGUUGCCUUUGCCUGUACAACUCCAAAGAAUCACUGUACUACAUAAAGGAGAGCUUAGAGAAACUGAAAGAAUCAACUUUAGACCGAAGGGACAAUCAUUUAGCACAGUUGCCUCUAACUCUAGUUCUGGCUUACAAAAGGGAGAGUGGUGGAGAAACACUACAGACUUUGAGGAACCAUGGCCAGCAACUCGCCAACAAAUUGCAAUGCCUUUUUGUUGAUGUAACUUCUCAUAGUGUGGGUUCUGGACGAAAUUUCAGUGAAUUGCAAAUCAAUCAGGCUUUGAAAGGCUUGUUGGAUACCAUGAAACGCAAUUUGAAUCUAGUAAGUUCUUCCCCAAGCAUUAAAGACUUAACUGAUGCAGAUCUCCGAAUAGUAAUGUGUUUGAUGUGUGGUGAUCUGUUUGGUGUGGAUGAAGUUCUCCUCUCCAUUAUUCAACCUCACUUUUGUAGUUCAUUGCAACCUGGGAACAGUAAUUCAGUCAUGCUUGAAUUAGCAAUCGGAGCAAUGCGUAAGCGUAUUGAACUAUCUGUUCUCUCCUAUCAUUCCUCUUUCAACAUAAGGAAAAACCAAUUAGUCCAUGGGUACAUUAUUUUUUACUUAGCAAGGCGUAAAGCUUCCUUGGCUAUGCUCAGAGCUUUUUUGUCAGAUGUGCAGGACAUUAUUCCUAUUCAGUUAGUAGCAGUCACUGAUGGAGCUGAAGUAUUGGAGAGCGAUGUGUCACGGGACCAGCUUGAAGAAGGCCAAGAAAUUGCUCAAGAGAUCUGUGGCAAGUUUGUUAAAAUAACUGGUGGGCAGUCACUUCAGCACAAUGUGGAGAUUUUUGCCCCAUUUUUCAGAGAUGCAGCUGAAAAGAAAACCAUUGUUGAAACUUCACACAUGUAUGAUAAUGCAGCUGAAGCAUGCAGUAAUACAGAAGAAGUAUUUGGCUUUUCUCCCAGGCCCAGCUCACCCCUCAACAAUUCAAUCUGCUUUGAUUAUGAUGAGGACAUUGAAGGUCCACCACCUUACGUUGCACUACGUGAUGAAACUUCCGGGUCUGCAGUGAUCAAGGAGCAGUCUAAGCUCUCAAUGGACCUUGAAGGGAAUGAGAACUACCUGCUGUGUAGCACCCUUGGUUCUUUUGAGAGGCUAAGUAACAAAGUACCUCCUCCAGUAAAACCAAAGCCAAUGGUGCAUUUUGACAAACUGAUGAAGAAAAUGGAUUCCUCUGAGGGGAAAGAACCAGGAAGCAAAGAAAUGCAGAGGAAGCCUUCAACCGUAAGUUGGGCGCCUUCUGACGAUGGGUCGUACAUGUCUGACUAUGCAGAACCAAUAGACACAUUGGUAAGACCAAGAGGGGAUGAAGAGAAUAUCUACUCAGUGCCGCAUGACAGUACCCAGGGCAAAAUUAUAACCAUCCGGAAUUCUAUUUCUGCCAAGUCGCAAUCGAAUGGAAGUGGUAAUGGAUCAGAUAGUGAGAUGGAUAUCAGCUCUCUGGAGCGUCAGAGGAAACUUUCAUCCGUCAGCAAACCGUCGUUGUACAGGGAUCGGUCCAAAAAAUUGGGCAAGUUUGCAAGUUAUCGCACAAGUUUCAGUGUUGGGAGUGAUGAUGAACUAGGGUCCUUAUCACAGAAAAAAGCAGAAGCUGAUUCUUCAUUGCCCAAGGGAGAUAAUACACCCAAUACUUAUGAAACGGAUGGAGAUGAAUCGAAGCGAGGGAAGCUCCUACGUAGUUUGAGAAGGCCAACAUCAAGGAAGCCGAAGCCCAAACCUCGACCUUCCAUUUCUAAGAGUACUUGGGAAAGCAAUUAUUUUGGAGUGCCUCUGACUUCUGUGGUGACAGUGGAGAAGCCUAUUCCCAUCUUCAUUGAAAAAUGCAUAGAUUUUAUUGAUUCUACAGGUCUGGGCACAGAAGGACUUUACCGCGUUAGUGGGAACAAGUCAGAGAUGGAAAGUCUCCAGAGGCAGUUUGAUCAAGAUCACAACAUUGUUCUGCAGGAAAAGGAUUUUGCAGUGAAUACCAUAGCUGGAGCAAUGAAAAGCUUCUUCUCGGAGCUUCCUGAGCCACUGGUUCCAUAUAAUGCCCAGGUCGAACUGGUGGAUGUCAGUAAAACACCUGAUAAAGAGCUUAGGCUGAAUGCACUUAAGGAUGUGUUAAAGAAGUUUCCAAAAGAGAAUUAUGAGGUCUUCAAAUAUGUCAUUACCCACUUAAACAAAGUCAGUCAGAACUGCAAGUUGAAUCUGAUGAACAGCGAAAACCUCUCCAUUUGUUUCUGGCCCACGCUUAUGAGGCCUGAUUUCCAGACCAUGGACGCGCUGACAGCCACCAGGACAUACCAGACUAUCAUCGAGCUCUUCAUUCAGCAGUGCCCUUUCUUCUUUUACGACAAGCCAAUUGUGGAACUGAUCAAUACCAUCCCCAGUUCCCCCACGUCGAACACUGCCUUUCAGUGCCCUUCGCCGGUAGCAAUGAUCCCCUCACCACCACAGUCUCCGCCGCCAACACCUUAGAGGCCACUUCAGCAACAUCUGCGAACACAGCUGCAAACGGAACAGCCAAGUAAACUGUGAAUUUGGUUAUAAAAGAUACCAGAUACAGUAGCUGGGUUCUUUUCAAGACUGCCUUGGGUUGUAGAACCCCUUUCUGUUGUGCAGAGCAGUGUAAUCAAAGUUACAAGUAAUGUGCCACUAAGGAAAUUUGGUUAAGUACCCAAGCACUGGAGUUUUUAAAAAAAACCUAUUGACUGCAAAACAAGCAGCCCAUGUCUUCACUGUGGGCUCUGUAAAACAUUCAAAUAGCACAGGUUCUGCAGCAGAAUGGUUUCUCAAAAUGCACAACAUCUAAACGGUUAAUUAUACAGACAAACUCUACCACUUAAUUUAUACCUUGCUCCCUUCUAAGCCAUUGUAGAAACUUGCUUUUUUAUUUUUCAUAGCGCCAAUUCAUGCUUAGAGAAUUGUUUUCGCUGAUCAUGUGCUGCUAUUUUAACCUUCAUUAGAAAAGAGACAAAUUUCAGGCGGACUGUGUGAAUUCACAGCAGGCGUGCACGAUGCCUGAUGGUCACAGCAUCGCACCAACGUUUGCAAAUGCAAGGUGUGAGUAUGAGGAGUUACCCUAAGUGGAAUGAGCAAGCCCAGCAUGUAAAUGUGCAUCUGUACAGAUGAUACAUUGGGGAGCCAUUCUAACCUUGGGGCAUUUUUUUUAAGGAAUACACACCUAAUGAAUUUGUACUGAUCAAAACUGUGUGUCCUAAGGUUCUGUAGAGCUUGUAGUAAAGAGGUUUGUCUGCAUAACAAUAAUGUGAGAGCAGCUGCAUGAAAGUGCUUUGUGCAAAAUGAAAUUUAAUGCUGGUUUUCCCCAAUAUGGAUGCUGCUUCUACAGCUAACGUUUGUUGGACUUCUGAGCCUCUUCAUCUCAUUCUCACUGGCUUGAUCUGUUCUGGUUAGCUAAUUCCUAAUUCAGUUCCCUUCAAAAUCCAAUUGAGCCACUCUGGAUUAAUUUGCUAUGGAUCAUUCUUUGGAUUAGUGGGAGGGUGGGAGGAGGGAAGGGAGGGGUUUUGUUACCACUACAUCCAUGUUCUCCCUGUAGUGGGCUCCCGGUUGCUCACUGGCCAGAUAUGUGCACAGUGCCAAAUUGGAGCCUCUCGCACACAAGGAAAUCUUACUGCUAACCAAAUGCGUCAGUCAUAUCCACGCCCAGUUCAUCCUUUAGAGAACUGAAACCUUGUGUUAGAGCUGAAAGGUUCUUUUCCCCCUCCACCACCACCCAUGAAGUUGCGCAGUAAAUAACGUCUUGGCCAAUGCCGCAUACCUGUCCUGGCGGUAGUUAAGGUGGUUUAGGAUGUGGCUUCCGCUCAAAUAGCUUACAUUUUUUAAGUAAUUAGAAUGCUUGUGUGGCAUGUUAGCACGUGCACGGUCUACUAAGGUUCUAUAGCCAUCCUAGGGUGGGGCAUUUUGGUUGUGUCCCACAAAGACCCUAAAUUCUUUGGGGAGAGUAGGUUUACAGUGACUCAAUGGGGAAAAAUCUUUGAUCGCACUGCCCCUUCCGUACUUCCAUACUUUUGCUGGACUCCUGCUUGAAGAAUGACCAAAUUGAUGUGAUAUUAGGAGGUUGGGGGAGGGGGUCAUUGCCCAUGGAUUCAUACCUCAGCACCAGUCAGUGCCUAGGAGAGUGGGGGAAAGGUGUUGGUGAGGGGAAGAGAUUCGGUCAACACUAAGGAAUAUUUCCAGUUUCAUGCCUGAAACACUAAGACCUGAACCGGUUCACUUUCAAAGCCUAGUUUGAAGAUGGCAUAAGGGAUCCUCUUUCAAAAAAAACUAAUGUAAAUUCCACUGAAUGUGGGAACCUUCACUACACAUGACACUACAUAUACAGGAAUUCACCAUUCAGUGAGUUUAUUAGCAGUAGCUAUGAAGUAUGCUGUUGAUCAUUAAAAACAUAACUUUUUAGUGAUUUGUUCUUGGAGCUGUCAGCACCUGUCUAGAGCUUGCAGCAAAUCGUGCUUCAGGGUCGGGGGCAAAUCCAUCAUUACCUGGCUGAUUUGUUUUCUCGGCAUCUAUUUUCCCUCAUAGGGCUGUGCCAGUGUAUCUAUUUUACAACACUUAGUCAAUCUAAGUAUCAACCUUUGCCGGUUUGGGUAUGGUACGUAUAAUUGCAGUCACUCCGAUAACUGAACAACACUAAAAUGUAAUGUGUUUGUGUGUGUUUCCUUUUGUAACAAAUCAAUGUUGUGUGUAUUGACUGGGCAAAAUGUGAAGUGGAUUACCCAGUGAUCAAUUGUUUCUGUAUGAGAUCUAUCACUCAAUUUUGAUUUUUUUUUUGCCAAUGUAUAUCUCAAUGUUUGAGAAUAGAUUGUUCAGAUUCUAUGUCAAAAAUCUUUUGCAAUGUAUUGGCACAGUCCUUGUUUCCCAGGUAUGAUUGUUAGGACUGGAGGAUGUUGGGAGGUUGAUGUAUAGUUACUUGCUGAUUGAAUAAUGAUCCCAAAUUUUCCAAGCUAAUGUUUCUAGAGAAAAAAUUAAAUUGUGCUCCGAUACACUUUGCAAUGUGUUUUAGAAUUGUGGGGAGUAGUAAAUGUUUUGCAUUGGACAGCAUUGUUUGAGUUUUACCUACUGACAUUGUCUAACUGGACUGACAAGUGUCUCAGAUUUGCAUUAAGAGUGGAUGUGCAGCACGGCUUGGUGCCACAUUUUUGCAACAGAAAUACCAGCUAAGUUUUUUUUGACUUGUUUGAUCAUCAGUGAGGUCUCACCUAAUGUUUAACUCUUCCUUCAUCAAAGGGCAGUUGUAUUGGUAAGAGGAUUACCCUCCAUAAAUCAUCCAUUUCUGAACUUGAUCACCCUACCAGCCUCUAAUGUGGAGCCCAGUCUAGCAUACAUUAAACAACAAGCCAUUCGCAACAAGGCAUGUCUAAAACCAAAUAGCUCACAACACUGGGUGUCAUCAGUCUCUUAACAGCAGCAAAAGAAAAUCAGCUGACCUACACAAGUGGAUAGAAAAGUAGCUUCUGAAAUGGAUUGCUAUAUCUGCUCGUCCUAUUUGGAUGUUAAAUAAUUGCUCAGGCUUGUACUGCAUUGUAUGCAUUGUGGCAUUUUCCUUCCCCCUUCCCUUCCCUUGCCCUGCUAGGUGUCUGCUUAAGAAAGCUUACAAGCUGUAAGGAUCAAUUGGCUGCCUAAUCUUCAGUUUCUCUUCCUGAAUUUGGAUUGGAGAAAGGUAUGGGUGAAUGUUUACUUUUCACUGUCUAAAAGUAAAUCCAUAUUUGUAAUGUGAAAAAUUCACCAGAACACCUUUUGAAAAGUUGAAGUAUAUUUAGGUAAGUUGCUGUGAAUUGACAAAAUUGCCAAGAGGAGCAUUGUUGGUUGUAUUUUGGAAUCUUUCUCUUCCCCUCACCCUGCCAUCCAAGAAAUUUUAUAGAACUGUAUACGAACAAAAUAAGCUUAUGGUUUCUGCAUAUCAAUGGUUUCUGCAUAUCUGCUUUCUCUUCUAUAUGGAGGAGUUGAGGUACUCCGUGAGAAACAAUUAAACCAGGCACAUCAGAACUAGAGACAAAUUGUACCUGGUUUUAUGGGCUAGCUGCUUUAUUUUGGAUUUAAUUUCAGGCAUAGUUGUAAGGGUUAGUACAAUUUACUCAAACAUUAGUCUUGUUUUGAUAUUUUACAAAUCUAUCUUCAGAUGGGAAAUUGUUAUUUUUGUUUUAAUUUGCUUUCUAAAUAUGUUGCUGCUUCUCUGCACUUUGCAACUUCCAAAAUGGUUCAUUGUGGGGGGUCUGGUUUCUGAGUUUCAUCAUAGUUGUUUACACAGGAGAGCUGCUGACUGUGUCGAUAUGUCUCAUCCAGUUAUCAUGACCUUGCGAGCUCCCACUCAAAUGGUGUGUUGCCUGACCAGUUAAACUGUGUGCUAUUAACUCAUGGAUGUGAUGAAAUUGCCAAUUAUUCCAGGAAUGUGUUAAAAGCUCUGAUAAUCACAUCUAUUCUUCCUCCCAGGUUAGUCCCACUGUUGAAACUUCUAGCCCUGGUUAUGGUUAGCGCAGAUUCACGUGACCUGAAUUCAUGGAAUAAUGGAAUAAAACUGGGGUUCACCACAGUGUACAUCCUGAUUUUUAUCUGAGAACAUUUAGAUGAAGUGAAAAUGGACAAAAGUUUGCAGAGAUUAGAGGGAUGAGAGAUGCAGUGUCAAUUCAAUCCAUAUCAGUAUAUUGCACCCCUUAACAGAUGUGGCCUAAUUUGCACAAUUUGUGUUUUGAAGAGAGAGAAAUUAAAAAUCAAUUGCCACAGCUGUGAAAUUCUUAAAGCUACCACCUUGUGCAAGUACCAAUAUCAUCAUUAUCAAAGCAUUUAUUUUUCUGGAGUAAUUGUGGACAAUAAAUCAUAUUUUAGCUUUUCUAAACUUUUGUAGUGUGGGGGGUUUUUGCACAGUUUCCUAUUGGGACAAUUUGCACUUUAAGCUUAGUUUGUUGUAUUAUCCCCUUAAAAGGCUGAUCUUAAAUGUCAGAAUGGGUUCAACUGCUGAAAUUGUUCAGAAUUCCCUUGAUGCCAAAAUUGCCCUUUUAGUGUCCAGGUGCUUAAUGUAUUUGUGCAAGAUUCCUUUGCUCAUCAGUUCAUCCAAAGCAUUUUAACCAUUUUUAAGUGACUGAUAACAAGGAAGAAAUGUGGGCAGAGGAAUUUCAGAGUCUUUUCACACCAAUGUUGAGUAGCUUCAAGGCAAAAUAUUCCCUGUCCUAAAAUAAAAUCAGGAAUGGGAAAUGACAUUGAUGGCAAAAUAUUAUUUGGGGGCAUGGGGGAAAGGCAAACUUAAAUUUAAGUGCUGAUUAUUAGUGGUACAACUGUGCCCUUUUGGUAUUUUCUGUAAAAAUGAAGGUAAUCUUGACCACAAGGGGGAUUAGUUGCAUUAUCAUGUUCAAUUAUUUAAAAAAAAAGAAGCAUUGCCAAUCAACCUCUAAAGACAGGCAGGCAUCUUCCCUAUUCCUAGGAUGACAAUUCUGUGCUCCUUCCCCUCCAGAUGAAACUCUUGCCCUGAAUCUGGGACCAUCAGGCAUUCUGUAUCAGUGAUCAAACUACCCCACAUCUCCCAAAUAAAGUCAAUUUUACAGAAUAUUCCAAUGUCUGCAACAUUUUGCCUUUUGUUCGAAGUAUGUUCUAUUUAUACUCUCCAUAGUUUUUUUUUAACUGUUUUGGAAGGCUGAGAGAUAAGGUGAAUUAGAAGGUGAAUACUCGGCUUUAAUAGGCUUUGCCAUGCCAGUCUAAUGAACUGGAACUAUGACUUUAAAAAUCCUAUAAUCAGGGAGGUUCCAGCAUAAUAUCUAAUGAGCAUGAACCUGCAGUAAAGCUGCAAGUAAUUCAUCACUGCAUAGGUAUCCUUAUGGGACAGGCUAGAAAGACCGCUGGAAUAUUAUAUAGAAAGUGUCAGAUGUGUAGUGGGAGGUUGCAAAUUUUGGGGGCAGAAUAGUACAUGUUGGACUCUGCACCUAAAUAUAUAGAGGCUGAUUUGGGAAUACUGACAGGUACCUGAAAUAGAGAAAUUGUUCUGCCUUCUGCAAGCUGUGACAUUUUAAGUAAAUUUGUAUUUGCAUCAUAAUUUUAGCCUUUGCUUUUUGCUUGCCUUGGACACAUGUCACUUCCCUGUCAAGGGUCCAGGCCAGUUGGACUAUUCUGACUCCACAAUCGUGAGCAAGGCAUGUUAAGAGAACCUAAAAAGAUUCCCCACAUCCUUUCGCCAACUGAUUCUGUGCAAUAGGAUAGUUCAGUUCAGCUUUGUCCAUCCCACCUUCUCCUUGCAAGCAGGCUGUGUGCGCAGAAGAAUCUUUGGCUUUGUAAUUGGGGGUGGCUGGAGGAUUUAUUUAAGCUAGUUUGUAAUCCAAUUUGUUCUGGGAAAUUGUCCACACUGCUACUGUUUGCUUGUUAGAGAUUUAAAAUUCUUCUGUUGUCCAAAACACACUCUCCUCGGCGCUCAGUUGCUCUAUUUCAGUGAUGGUUAGAAAAUAAAUGUGCAGAGACUAGUUACAACAGUGGUGUUCGGCACAGGUGGAGAGAGAUUGCUUCUUCCCCCUCCUGCAGGCAAACAAAGUAAUCUGCCUUUAAUCUGUUAAAAAGCACAGUGGGCUGUAAUCCUUGAUGGUAUAUAGCUCGAAAACACUCAUUCAGUCCUGAAAACUUGCCCUGAGGAGUUGGAUCCUGGCAUAGGUCAGGAAAAAAAAGGGAAAAAUAUCUAAACACUACCUACCAGUCAAAGUACUAACAUAAUAUUUGCACAUCUUGUAGUGCUUUAGAAAGAGCAAGAUAUUUUAUACCUGCCCUGAGAAAGGCAUAUCACACCCAACAGGUACGAAAUCUUGUGUCAAGCGCCAUGUACUGGAUAACCAAAAUAGACUUAAUUGAUGAGGGAGGCACUUUCUUCCAAUUUAGUUAUGGCUUAAAAACACAUGUCAUGCAUGUGCUGCAGUGCUAUAAUAUGGUGGAUGAUGUCACCAGGGGCCUAAUGAGGUGUUUCACCCAGAGAAAAUAGCACAGGGCCAGGACAUUUAUAGCUUGCAAAUUCUCUUUAGUUAUUUUUUGACCGUUGAAUUCUGUAAAAUAGAAAAUAUUUUAGUUACAAAAAAUACUUCCGCUCCAAACUUAAAUUUAUUGCUGCUUUUGUGCUGUGCGAACAUUUUGUUUUAAAUGUUCAUAUUUCUUAUUAACACUGAGCUAAUCCAAUCCCUGAUUCUCGCAGUUUACCACCCCCUGCUCUUUCUCACGUUCCCGUCCCCCUCUCCUUGCUUACCUGCCCUUGCACCUCUCCUUAGCAGUAGUGGAGUUCAGAUGUGAUUGACGCCUUGCCUCCCAUCUUCAUUCUGUUAGAAUGUUUUUUUUUACAUCUUCAUUUUCUACGUAGCACUGAUGACUAAAAGCUGCGUGCAUUUUGAAAUAAUGCAUUAGUUGCACAUGCAGUUUUUAUAGAAAAACAAAUGCAGAGAUUCCACCAACACAAGAUUUGGUUUAUUCUCAUACCUAAUGUAAAACACUUCUCCAAUCUUGGGUUUUGUACAGUUGAAUCUCCCCACUCUUUGUAAUUUAAUUGGAAUAAUAGAUUAUUGAAUGUCUGACUAUGUAAUUGGGUUCUCUAUUAAUUGAGGACAUGGGUGGAGAAGCUGAUUGGCUGGUUGUACCUGACUCCCAGGCCAACAAUUGUUUAUGCGAUAUAUUUGUUUGGUAAAUCUAGCUGUGUGGAGACUGCAGGCACAGUGGGGGAAGUGUGCUGAAACAUGCUGGUUACCCAUCUGGAUUCCUCCUUCCCCUAUUUUGAAGCAAGUGCCUGUUCUAUUUUCCUGCCACCUGCUACACUUUCCAAAAAAAAAUGCUUGCAACUCACUGUCUGCCUCUGAAGGAGCAAAUACCUGUGGAAUGCAUCAGUUUUCUUCCUUGCUGGUUUUUGUUUUCAACCUUGGCAGCCCUAUUGAAGUAGUGAUUUGACAGUGCAUGUGAGAUAGCAAAAAAAAACAAAACCUAUACAGAAGCUACCCUUAAAAGGCACAUUGUUAUUCAGGAGCUGGAUUGGGCACCUUUUUAGAUCACAAGAACACACCAUGUCUCCCACAGUCGGCUGGGCUGGGAAACACAAAUCCCCUAGGUGCCCUUACUCCCAGAGCAGUGUGCAGUCUUACGAGCUUUCACUUGACUUGCCAAUUCCUGCUUUUAGUCGUGGAACAGUAGAUGUGAGCAGGCAGGAAUGGGAAUAUGGUAAAGGACUUGCCUCCAAACCCCAUAGAUUUUUUAAGCCAUUUAUAUUCAAAGAAUCAAUUUGUUUUUUCAUUUUUUCCCUACCCAAACACUUGUAUUUUUCAUCCAGUUUCUAAACUACCUGCUGAGAAAGUCAAUUUUAUUAAUUUAUGAAAGGCGUGGGCUUUGCUUUAAGAGCUCAGUAAUGCAGUAUAUCUGCUAUUGUAGCCAAACAAGCUGCUUUCAUAACUAUAGAAAUUCUGCUGCCGUUUCCUCGCCAUUCAAGUUAUCCUGGUUUAAUUUGUAAUGCUGCUGUGUUUUUUUUAACCUGCCUAAAUGUGUAACCUAUAAUCUAAAGUAAGGAGCUUGUAAUUGCUUUGAUUUCAAAAAGGAAUGUGUACAAUCAGUACUGUUUAAUGUCUUCUCCCCAAGUUCACUUAAACGCCAAUGAGCUACUUUUCAACACCUAGUACUGAGUAAUCCAGAGAAGUGGGAUCAGUGCUGUGCCCUAACUUUUUAUUUGGUACUCUACACUUGUAAAAUGUUUUCAAUAUGUUAAUUAACGCUUAUUUGAAUUAAAAAUUGAGUAUUGAAUAUAUAAUGUAAUAUUGGUCUGAGAGUUUGGGUAGCCAUUACUUUUUUAAAAAAUGGUAACUAUGUAAAGAAUGGUUGGUUGUAUUCUUAAGAGGCUAAUGGUUCAGAUCCUUUAGUUACUGGUGUCUAGAACUUUUUUUUUGCAUUUAAUAAAGUUGUUCCCAUAGAUUCUG